UGGAGCGCGCAUGCGCGGCAGCGGCAGCGCGCUGCCCGGAUCGUGCGGGGCCCGAACCUCUCCGCCGGCGCAGGCUCCCUCGCGCCAGCUCCCUCCCGCCGCCAUGUCGGCCGCCAUCGAGCGGGAGUUUGAGGAGUUGGACGCUCAGAAUCGCUGGCAGCAGCUAUACCUGGAAAUUCGCAGUGAGUCCCACGACUAUCCUCAUAGAGUGGCCAAGUUUCCAGAAAACAGAAAUCGGAACAGAUACAGAGAUGUAAGCCCAUAUGAUCAUAGUCGUGUUAAACUGCAGAAUGUUGAAAAUGAUUAUAUUAACGCCAGCUUGGUUGACAUAGCAGAGGCUCGGAGGAGUUACAUCUUAACACAGGGUCCGCUUCCUAAUACAGGUUGUCAUUUCUGGCUCAUGGUUUGGCAGCAAAAGACCAAAGCAGUCGUCAUGCUGAACCGAGUUGUGGAGAAAGAAUCGGUUAAAUGUGCACAGUACUGGCCGACAAAAGACAGCCGAGAAAUGCUGUUUAAGGAAACGGGAUUCAGUGUGAAGUUCCUGUCAGAAGACGUGAAGUCCUAUUACACAGUCCAUCUACUGCAGUUAGGAAACACCAAUAGUGGUGAAACCAGAACAAUAUCUCACUUUCAUUAUACUACCUGGCCAGAUUUCGGAGUCCCCGAAUCACCAGCUUCAUUUCUCAAUUUCUUAUUUAAAGUGCGAGAGUCUGGCUCCCUGGAUCCUGAGCAUGGGCCUGCGGUGAUCCACUGUAGUGCCGGCAUCGGGCGGUCAGGCACCUUUUCUCUGGUGGACACCUGUCUCGUCCUGAUGGAAAAAGGAGAUGAUAUUAACAUUAAACAACUGUUACUAAAUAUGAGACAGUACCGAAUGGGGCUGAUUCAGACACCAGAUCAACUCAGAUUUUCAUAUAUGACUAUAAUAGAAGGAGCAAAAUUUAUAAAAGGAGAUUCAAAUAUACAGAAACGAUGGAAAGAACUUUCUAAGGAAGAUGUCUGUCCUGUUUUUGAUCAUUCACCAACCAAAAUAAUGACUGAAAAAUACAAUGGGAACAGGAUAGGCCUAGAAGAAGAAAAACUGACAGGGGACAGGUGCACAGGGCUGUCCUCUAAAAUGCAGGAUGCUGUGGAGGACAACAGCGAGAGUGCCCUGCGGAAGCGCAUUCGAGAGGACAGGAGAGCCGGCACAGCUCAGAAGGUGCAGCAGAUGAAGCAGAGGCUCAACGAGACCGAGCGAAAGAGGAAAAGGUGGUUAUAUUGGCAACCUAUUCUCACUAAGAUGGGGUUUGUGUCGGUCAUUCUGGUUGGCGCUUUUGUUGGCUGGACACUGUUUUUUCAGCAAAAUGUCCUAUGAAUAAUUAAUUUUGCCACAAGCUUCAGCACUGUUAGCUGACGGUGUUGCGUGAAUCACAGGGGUCCGUCUGUGUGCAGACGGUGCGGAGGCUGGAUGCCCACAAGAGGUGGUGGGUCCUGGACCCACUGCCCCAGAUAAAGACUCGGAUGCUUAUGCAGAACUGGCUCAUUCUCAGCUCUAUCUGUGUACGUUAAGCCUAAUGUCCUUUAUCACAAGGAUUUGGUUUUGGAGGCUGUCUGGAUUUUAACCUGCACUUGAUAAAAGCAAUAAAUAUUGUGCUCUUAUCUACAUUAUUACUGGAAAGAAAAUGACCUUUAAGUAACGUGUGUUAUGUAUAAUGUACUAUUGACAUGGGCAUCAACAUUUAUAUUCUUAACCAUUUCAGGGUAAAUAUAUUUUAUAAGUACCUAUUUAAUCUUACUUUUGUAGUUAAAUGUACUUUUUUAAAAGCUCAAUUUGAAAAUUCUGUUACCAUAAAAAAAUAAAUUGUGUGUUGAUUCAAUUGUACUGGAUAAGUUUUCCUAAAGAGAGGUUUGAUAUGAGCAGUUAGAACUCUGAAUAAGCAGUUUUUACUAUAUAUUUGCAUUUCUUUUAUGUUUUACAGUUUCCUAAUUUUAAAAAGAAAAACAAACAAAAUUUUUCUCUUUAAAAAAAAUAUCUUUGAAGGGUAAUUCUCCUUACUGGCAUAGUCAGGUAACAGUUGGUCAAGACUUUGUAAAAAGAAAACACAACAAAAAAACUGGUUUUGUAAACCCCAUUAUUAAUACUGUUUAUUUUUCAUGAAAAUUUCAAUGUAAUUACCCUAAUUUAUAAUUGGGGUUAUAUCAUGAUGUAGGAAAUAAAAAUAAGGAGCAGCG